AUGUUGCUGAAUCUUGUUUCGCAGUUGAUACUGCUACAUCUUGUAGAAUACCAGACUCAUAUUCUGAAAUGCUCAAUUGGAGUUCCAUUGCCUAUUUUUCACAAAUUUUGCCAGCCUGGUGACCUCAACAUUGGUGGUAUUAUUUCUCAGAGUUAUAUACUUUUUGAACUGAGUAGCUUCAAUGAGCACCCGCAUAACACAUUGAUCCGUGAGACGCUCAUUUUGACUAAGAACUACCAACAUACUUUGGCCUUGGCAUUUGCUGUGAUGGAGAUCAAUAAAAACCAGGACAUCUUGCCCAACAUCACCCUUGGCUUCUGCAUUUAUGACAGUUACUUCACUGAACGGUGGACCUGCCGUGCUACAAUGCAACUUCUUUCUACACAGGACAGGUUCAUUCCAAAUUAUAAGUGUGACAGUUAUGACCAUCUGAAAGCAGUGGUUGGGGGACUUUACUCUGAAAUCUCCCUGGUGAUGGCAGACCUUUUAGGCAUCUAUAAAGUUCCCCAGGUAGGCAUCCUGGUUGCGGCUGAUAACAAUGGGGAAAGGUUCUUGAAGGUUGUGAUUCCAGAGUUAUCACAGCAUGGCAUCUGUGUUGCUCUAAUAGAAAGAAUUAAGCUAGUAUACAUUUUUGAUGUUUUUGACAUGAUUGUAUGGGGUGUAAAACUUUAUGAAAAUGUUAUGGAGAGCAAAGCCAAUGUCUUCAUCUUCUAUGGAGAAACACAGUCUAUGAUAAAUUGGAGAUGGUUACUACAUCUGCCAGAAAUGGAAUUCACAAGUAGAACUGCUAAAGGUAAAGUAUGGAUUUUGACAGAUCAGAUGGAACUUGGAGCACUGAUCUACCAAAGGAAUUGGAAUAUACAACCCAUCCAUGGUACUUUGUCGUUUUCAGCUCACUCCAGAGAGAUAAAAGAAUUUCAGAACUUUAUUCGAGCCAGAACUUUUUCAUGGACGGUCAAUGAUGGUUUUAUUAUUGACUUCUGGGAGCAGGCAUUUGCCUGUGUCUACCCAAAUUCACAGGUUGACCAGAAAGAAAAGGAAAUUUGCACUGGAGAGGAAAACUUGGAAAGUCUGCCUGCAAUUGUCUUUGAGCUGAGUAUGACCGGCUACAGCUACAGUAUCUACAAUGCUGUUUAUGCUGUGGCACAUGCCUUAGAUCUCAUGCUCCCAUCCCCAUUAAAACAUAAGACAGUGGUGCAUGGAAGAAUGCUGAAGCUUUUAGAUCAACACCCUUGGCAGCUUCAUCACUAUUUGAGAAGAAUGUCAUUUAACAACAGUUCUGGAGCCAGACUUUCUUUUAACAAGAAUGGAGAAUUAGAAACUGGUUUUGAUAUUAUCAACUGGGUGACCUUUCCAAACCAGACUUUUCAAAGAGUGAAAGUUGGAAGACUGGAUUGUGGGGCCUCUCCAGGUCAAGCAUUCCUUAUUAAACAAAAUGUUAUUAAGUGGCACAGCUGGUUUAAUGAGGCAUUACCUCUUUCUCUCUGCAAUGACAACUGCUUUCCUGGUAACAGAAGGAAAGAGAAAGAAGGGAAGCCCUUUUGUUGUUAUGAUUGUAUCCCAUGUCCUGAAGGGAAGAUUUCAGGCUCUGCUGACAUGGAUGACUGCAUUCAAUGCCCUAAAGGGCGAUAUCCAAAUAAGAACCAAGAUUCAUGCAUUCCAAAGACUGUAACCUUCCUGACUUAUGAAGAAGCAUUGGGAGCUGUUUUAGCCAGUUUGGCACUUUUAUUUUCUUUGAUCACAGGUCUAAUACUGGGAAUAUUUAUAAAGCACCACAAGACUGCAAUUGUAAAAGCCAACAAUCAAAGGCUCACUUACAUCCUCCUCCUCUUCCUCCUGCUCUGCUCCCUUUGUGCCUUGCAGUUUAUCGGUCAGCCUCAGAAGGUGACGUGUCUCCUACGGCAAACUGCUUUUGGCACCAUCUUCUCAGUGGCUGUUUCUUGUGUGCUGGCCAAAACCAUCACUGUGGUCCUAGCAUUCAUGGCCACCAAACCAGGAUCCAAGAUGAGGAAAUGGAUAGGGAAAAGACUGGCCUGUUCUAUUGUUUUUCUCUGCUCCCUGAUUCAGGUGGGAAUUUGCACUGUGUGGCUGACAAGCUUCCCACCAUUUCCAGAUGCUGACUUGCAUUCAUUGAUUGAAGAAAUUGUACUGGAAUGUAAUGAGGGGUCAACUGCCAUGUUUUAUUGUGUCUUGGGCUACAUGGGAUUUUUAGCUACUGUUUGCUUCACUCUGGCUUUCCUAUCCAGAAAACUACCAGAUAGUUUUAAUGAAGCCAAAUUUAUUACAUUCAGCAUGUUAGUUUUUUGCAGUGUUUGGUUAUCUUUUAUUCCCAGUUAUCUGAGCAGCAAGGGAAAAUAUAUGGUAGCUGUAGAGGUCUUCUCCAUUUUGGCCUCCAGUGCUGGCUUACUAAGUUGCAUCUUUUUCCCCAAAUGUUACAUAAUUCUCAUGAGGCCUGAGCUAAAUAGCAGAGAGCAACUAACAAAGAGAAAAAAAUGA